AUGACCACGUUGUUGAUAUUAAUUUUCUAUUUAACCUUCUACUUCUAUUCUACGUAUAUGCAACCCAUUGUCCACGUAAACGUUCCUGCUAGUUCUAUGCUACCUAGCAACCUCCAAGCAUCUACGCAGGUCUCCUGCAGAAUUCCAAGUCCCUGCGCUGCACUUCGAGCACAAUUGGAAUCUCGUCAAUGUGCAGCCCAUCAGCUUGCAAUCAACAGAAGAACACCUAUAGAUCAAGUUAGAUUUUCUCCAAGAUAUGGAAAUAACGCCCUCACGACGUCAACCUGUCAUAAUGCAAAUUGCCCUGGCAGAUGGAUGUGA